AUGACCAUGACUGCCAAUUGUGAUAUUUGUGGUGCCCCAAUGGAGAAUGCAACUCAUAUUGCUGCUGAUCUUCAUACUUGGGUUGCAAAAAAUUUACACAACUCUACAAUUUUGGCUUAUGGAGUGGAGUGGUCAACCAUGUUUGCUUUCACUUGUUGGUUUCUUUGGAAAUGGAGGAACAAAAAUAUUUUUGAUCAUGGGUUUGUGUUCCCCAACAACCCCAGACACGUCAUUCUUAUGGCUGCUGCAGAUUGGACACAUGCCAAUAUUGAAAAAACUAUAAAACCCACCCACUCUCUCACUGCGCUAUCUUGGCAAUAUCCGAAUGAAGGAGUGAUUAAAAUCAAUAUCGACGGGUGCAGAAAAGGUGAGGAUGGACGCAUUGCUGCUGGGGGUGUACUAAGAGAUAGUUCUGGGUAG